AUUGAAUAUGUCAUUGGAAGAUAAAUAGCAAUUUUUGGUUGAUGAAAUCAUCAAUAAGGGGUAUGAUAGUGAGGACUUUACUAAAUACAUGGAUAGAAAGAAAGAAAAUGGUGGAUAAGAUUUGGAUGUCUGGCAGAUGGAAGAAUUGAAAUAAGCAGUCUUAGAUUAUUAAAAAAUGAAGAACGCAAUGAUGCAAAUCGUUGAUGAUGAUAUUGGAUUUAAGAAGAAGAUAGAUUGCUAAAAGUUAAUUGGCACUGAAAUAGGAAACACAAAUAAUGUACAAAUUUCAAUUGAAAAGUAUAAAUGAUAUCUAUGUUAGCUUCGAUAAGAAGGAUACAGGAUUCUUUAGUCUUAGUAAAUCAUAUGUAAAUUAUAGAAUUGUUACAUAACCAUUUUAAUGGGCUGUCACCAGGAGAUAUUCAGAUUUCGAAUGGUUAAGGGAAAUCUUAACCAAAUAAUACCCUGGAGUAUUUGUACCUCCUAUUGCUAAUAAAACUCCAACUAGAUAAUUCAGCGAUGCUUACUUAGAAAAAAGAAUGAAAUUCUUAGAAGUAAAUAUUCAAUUCCUAAGUUUUUAGAAAUUCUUAAAUCAUUUACUUAAUUCAACUGUUCUUAAGAAUGAUAAGUAUUUUUGCGAAUUCUUAAGAAUGUAAGAUGAAAAAGAAUUCAAAUCCCUUCAAACAGCCUCAGAGAAAGUCCAAAAAACAACUAAGUUAGAUAAAGUUCUUAGUGAAACAGGAUAAAUUGAAGUAGCUUUCAAUCCUUAAACUGAUAAUUACAUUAGAGCUGCUGGCAAUUUAAUGACAAGUUUAAAUCUAGACUUUGAUGUGUAAAAUUACUUCUUUAUUAUUAGAAUUAUGAAAUAAUCUAAAAAAAUGUUACAAGAUUUUGAGAUAGUAUCUGCAACUAUGUUUUAAAUGGGGGAGUCUUUUGAAUUGCUUACCAAUCAUAUUAAUUAAUUUAAUUCCGCUGUGUAAGAGCCAGAAAAGAUCUUGAAAUUCGAAGCAGUCACAAUUACAUUAAAUAAUAUGAUGAUGAUAUGGGGUAGAAAUUUUUAGAAUUACUAAAAUUAUAUCUAAGAUAACUUUAGAAAUUUCUUCAAAUAUCAUGACAAAGAGAUUGCUCAAUUGAAAGAACAUCUAUUGUUAAGACAAUAAAGUCAAGCUGAAUACUUAAAGUAUAAGGAGCGUUUGGAUUUGAAAAAAGAAAAGUUUUAUUAAUUAAAGGAAUUUAAUAAAUGGGAAGUCUCUAAGGAAGUCUUGGAUGAACUCAAACUAAAUAUUGAUAAUAAAAAAUUUUGUUUGAGUGUCAUGCUACCUAAAGAAACAUCAUUGUAAAAUGAUUUAAGGGAUACAUAUGCUUAUUAUAAUUUGUCUGCAUAUAAUGAAAUAAAGAGAGUCUUUGACUAGAAUAUUGAUAUUUAUGCAAAGCAUUUUAUUAAAUUUGCUGAUAGUCAAGCUAACAAUCUGACCAAGGUAAAAUCUAAGUUUAUAUUUUUAGAUGCAUGUUACAUGGGCUGAUAUACAAGGUAAUUUACAAGGAUUGGACUUAAUUACAUAACACGAUCAAAAAGUCUAAAUUAUGCAGUAGCCAAAGGCAAAGGUUUGA